AUGAGUGCCUGUAAUCCUACAAAUGAACCUGAGUUCAUGCUUGUGGGACUGACAGAUUCCAAGGAGAUUCAGCUGGUACUCUCUGUUUUGUUCCUCCUGAUAUACAUGCUCACUGUCUUGGGAAACAUAGUUAUGAUACUGAUCAUUCAUCUAGAUGUCCAGCUCCACACUCCGAUGUACUUUUUCCUCACCCACUUGUCAUUCCUUGACCUCAGUUACUCAACUGUAAUCACACCUAAAACCUUACAGAACCUGCUGACCUCCGUAAAAAAUAUUUCCUUCAUGGGAUGCUUCACCCAGUUGUUUUUCUUUGCCUUCUUAGCAGGUUCUGAAUGUUUUAUACUUUCGUCAAUGGCCUAUGACUGCUAUGUAGCUAUCUGCAACCCUCUACACUAUCCAGUUAUUAUGUCCCCUAGGCGCUCCUAUGCUCUCAUCACUGUGUCCUACAUGAUUGGAGUUUUGGGUUCCUCUGUCACUGUCUUUUGCUUAAGCACACUGGAUUUCUGCAACUCCACGGUAAUUCAUCACUUCUUUUGUCUGCUGUCACCUAUUUUUCAUCUUAGCCAUUCUGACUCGUGUGAGGUA